AUGGAUUCAUUAGUGCUUUGUCUUUUUGCAAUUUUGCUUGUUGCUUCUGCUGGGGAUGCUAGUGCUGCCGAGGAUGUUCCUUGGUCACAAAACUAUGUCAUCUUGUACGGACAAGAACAUAUCCAGCUUCUUAACCAAGAGAAAGAGUGUCAAAUUUCAAUUGACCAAAUUUCAGGUUCUGGUUUUAGGUCUUUAAAAACUUACAAUUCUGGAUUCUUUGGGAUGAGAAUGAAACUCCCGAAUAAAGAUACAACUGGAAUUAUCACAACCUUCUACCUAAGAUCACAUACAAAAAACCACGACGAGCUCGAUUUUGAGUUUUUGGGUACUAAUAAGACACAACCGUAUUUGUUGCACACAAAUGUGUUUACAAAUGGUCAAGGUGAUAGGGAGGAAAGAAUCUCUCUUUGGUUUGAUCCAACGGAAGACUUUCAUGAUUACCGGUUACUUUGGAACCAACAUCAAGUGGUGUGGUUCGUGGAUGGUACUCCCAUAAGAGUGUUCAAGAAUAAUGCAAAUAUUGGAGUGGGUUACCCGGUACAAGCAAUGCAAAUAGAGGCGACCAUAUGGAGUGGAUCAUGGGCUGGUGAGCCAAAUUGGAGUCAAGCACCCUUCCAAGCCCACUAUCAAAGAUUUGACAUUGAUGGUUGCUCAGCUCGAAACAACACCAUUGCUUCUUCUGAAUGUAAUUGUCCCACAUUUUCAUGGAAUGGGGAGAAGUAUUGGAAUUUAGACUCUCAACAACAGCGUGCUUAUGAAAACGUGAGACAAAAAUACUUGGUUUAUGACUAUUGUUCUGUUGGGUCCAAACCUCCUCCGGAAUGCCAAAAUAACCAGUUGAAUUAUCCAUAG